AUGAAGCCAGUAGUAGCUUAUCUGAGAAACUUAGGAUUUUUGUCGGUUGUUUAUCUGGAUGAUCUGUUACUGUUUGGAAACACGUAUUCGGAUUGUUUAAAGAACAUAAAGGAAUCUCUAAAUGUGUUAAAAAGUCUAGGUUUUAUUAUUAACGAAAAUAAGAGUCGUAAAAUUCCAGCACAAGCCCGUAAAUUUCUUGGUUUUAUUUUAAAUUCACAAAAAAUGACGUUAGAAUUGCCACUAGAAAAAAGAUGCAAGGUUCGCGAUCAGAUCAACAUUUUAAAAAAAUUGAAAAAAUGCAAAAUUAGAGAUUUUGCUCAGUUGAUAGGAUCCUUGGUAUCGUGUUGUCCAGCCAUCCAAUACAGUUGGGCACAUAUCAAAAAUCUCGAAAGGGAAAAAUACUUAGCUCUUUUAAAGUCAAAUGGCAAUUAUGAUGUGAAUAUGCAAUUGAGUCAAACUUUACAAGAUGAUUUCUCUUGGUGGGAAUCAAAUAUUUUACACAGAGUCUCGUCAAUUUCUAGUCGUGAAUUCAGUUUGGUUAUCUUUUCAGACGCUUCCCUCACGGGUUGGGGAGUUUCGUGCAACAACAAUAGAGCUCAUGGUCUCUGGAGUGAAUCCGAAAGGCUACACCACAUUAAUUACUUAGAGCUUUUAUCAGCCUUCUUUGGACUCAAAUGUUUCGCCAAAGAUCUUCAAAAUUGCAAUAUUCUGUUAAGAAUCGACAAUACUACAGCGAUUUCUUAUAUAAAUCGUAUGGGUAGUAUAAGAUUCAAAAAACUCAGUGAUCUUGCGAAGACCAUUUGGAAAUGGUGUGAAGAACGCGAAUUGUUCAUUUUCGCAUCAUAUAUUGCUUCAAAGAAUAACACUGAAGCAGAUUUUGAAUCCAGAAGAUUGGAUAAAGAAACGGAAUUCGAAUUGUCGGAUGUAGCUUUUCGGAAAAUCACUAGUAAAUUUGGUUAUCCGGACAUAGACUUGUUUGCUACUAGAAUUAACGCAAAAUGUAAAGAUUAUGUAUCCUGGACAAGGGAUCCAGGUUCAAUAGCGAUCGAUGCUUUUACUAUAAACUGGAAUAAAUCCUUUUUUUAUGCUUUUCCACCAUUUAUACUGGUUACUAGAGUCUUACAGAAAAUUAGAUCGGAAGGAGCAGAAGGUAUAGUUGUGGUACCACAAUGGCCAGCACAGCCGUGGUUUCCCUUGUUCUUUUCAAUGCUGGAAUCGGAGGUUUUGACAUUUAAGGCCGAUAGUAAUACCUUACUUUCACCCGAUAGGGAGCCACAUCCGCUUUGGAAGUCUCUUACCCUGGUGGCCGGGAAGUUAUCAGGGAAGCCUUCCUGUUAA